AUGUAUGUUGUAGCAAGGGAGGCUGUCAUUUAUGCAAUGGGUUACGCCAUGAGUAGAUUGGGGAUAGAUUCCGCACCAUGCGAGGAUGGCAAGUUCACCAAUGAAGUUGGCGAUAGUCAUGGACCCAGCAAAUCAUUCAAUUAUUUGGACCAUGAAAUUGCUCAGCUCACAAAGCUUAGGUCUGAACCACAUGGAAACUACAGCCGAGUCCUUCCUGGGAAACAGGAAUUUCCUGUUUCGACAGUGAAGAUGUUGGUGGGACGAGAAGCAAAUUAUUCAGGAAGGGGGAAGUUUUCUUCUGCAGAUUGUUGUCAUGUUCUAAGUAAAUCAUUGCCUGUCAAUGAUCCUUGGGUUGUUGACAAGAUGGGAACCAGGGCUUAUGUCUCCCAAUUCUCUACUGACGGCUCCCUCUUCGUUACUGCUUUUCAGGGAAGCCACAUUAAAAUUUUCAAUGUGGACAGAGGGUGGAAAGUUCAUAAGAAUAUUCUUGCUAAAAGCUUGCGAUGGACUGUCACUGAUACAUCUCUUUCACCCAAUCAACAAUAUCUCGCUUAUGCCACCAUGGCACCUAUUGUCCAUAUUGUUAAUGUUGGAUCUGCUGCAAGGGAGUCUCUUGCAAACAUCACAGAGAUUCAUGAUGGUCUGGAUUUUUCCUCUCAUGAUAAUGGGGGGUACUCCUUUGGAAUCUUUUCUGUGAAAUUUUCAACUGAUGGGCGAGAACUUGUGGCUGGGAGCAAUGAUGAUUCCAUUUAUGUUUAUGAUCUUGAAGCAAAUAAGCUUUCCCUUCGCAUUUCGGCACAUAUGUCUGACGUUAACACGGUAUGCUUUGCUGAUGAAAGUGGCCAUCUCAUUUAUUCUGGAAGUGAUGAUAAUCUUUGUAAGGUUUGGGACAGACGCUGCUUUAAAGCAAAAGGAAAGCCAGCAGGGGUCCUGAUGGGCCACUUGGAAGGCAUCACAUUUAUUGACAGUCGUGGAGAUGGUCGUUAUUUCAUUUCAAAUAGCAAAGAUCAGACCAUCAAACUUUGGGAUAUCCGGAAAAUGUCCUCCAAAGCUUCUUGCUAUGCAGGAUUUAGGAAUUAUGAAUGGGACUACAGAUGGAUGGACUAUCCUCCUCAAGCAAGAGAUUUGAAACACCCAUGCGAUCAGUCAGUCGCUACAUAUAAAGGUCAUUCAGUCUUGCGUACUCUGAUUCGCUGCUACUUCUCCCCAUCAGAUAGCACUGGUCAGAAGUACAUCUAUACUGGAUCUCAUGAUUCUUGCGUUUACAUUUAUGAUGUGGUGAGUGGAGCUCAAGUUGCGAAACUAAAGUACCAUAAAUCAACUAUAAGAGAUUGUAGUUGGCAUCCUAAUUAUCCAAUGCUUGUUAGCUCUUCUUGGGAUGGGGAUGUUGUCAAAUGGGAAUUUGCCGGGGGUAGGGAAGCACCAGCCCCUUCACAGAAGAAAAUCCGUAGGAGACAUGUUCAUUGA